UUUAUACUUUACACAGCUGGGUUGAGUUUCAACUUGGCGGACUACCAAACAAACAAACCGUAUUUUUCGCGAAUCCACAACAAACCAACCCGCCAUCUACCUCGUGCUUGUAGGAUUUAGUAAAGCAAAAGUAGCCCACCGAUCGUGCAAAGCAAGCAAAGUGCACUCGAAAUUCAACAAGUGUUCCUUACAUCUAAAUGGCAUCACAUACAGCGAACCAUGAAGGUAGUAACUCCACAAAUACUCCCACCGACGUAACAAACUCACCGAUCGAAGCCGACAACAACAACGCACGGUGCGAAAAUGGUACCGAAUGCUCCACGGCGGCAGAGGAUGUGCUGGCGGACAGUGAGAGCUAUUACAAUAAUGCCAAAAAAUAUUGGUCAAACGUGUCGCCCACGGUUGACGGAAUGCUGGGUGGGUUUGGUAGCAUAUCGUUCAUCGAUAUCCGCGGGUCCGAGCAGUUCCUGAAGUUCCUGUACAAGCAAAAGCCGGCGCCGGGUCGCAAGCGGGCACUGGAUUGCGGUGCGGGCAUCGGGAGAAUCAGCAAGAAUCUGCUACUGCCACUGUUCGAGCAGGUGGAUCUGGUCGAGCAGGACGAACACUUCUGCCAGACGGCACGCACCGAACUGGCGGACUUUGGUUCGAAGCUAGGAACAGUAUUUAACGCCGGAUUGCAGGACUUUGUGCCCGAGCCCGGGCGGUACGAUAUUAUUUGGGCGCAGUGGGUGCUGGGCCAUCUAACGGACGAAGACACGGUACGGUUUUUGGAACGCUGCACGAACGCACUCACCCGGGGCGGCAUGAUAGUGAUGAAGGAAAACUUUACCACCGGCGACGUGGUGGACGUCGAUCGGACGGACUCAUCGGUAACGCGACCGUUAGUGCAGAUGAAGCAGUUGCUAAAGCAGGCGAACAUGCGCGUCGUCAAGGAGCAACGGCAAACAAGCUUCCCCAAAGAACUCUAUCCCGUGUACAUGUUGGCGCUCCGACCUACGGUAAAGAAAUAAAAUUACGGUAAAACCCCGGGCAUGGCAAGCUGCUACCUUUACAAGCGCGUUGCGUGUGAUUUUGUACGAGUUUUCCUUUCUUUUUAUUUUGAAUAAUACGUCCAUCGUUUGUUCUACACAACCCUAACCGAUCUGUGGGUGCCGUACACCAAAAUGCAUACACACUAAACACUCAACCGGGCACAAGUCCGGAGCGCCAGCACUACAGUGAGCGGCACACAUUCCAUCUGCUUAAAGUUUGUCCCCACACGGAUGAUCAAAACCUUCGGCCUUUCCAUUUCAAAUGUGUUGCAUAAGCAAAGAGAGUAUCUUUUGUACGAUAGAUUUAAUAUUCCGCUUGCCAAAAGCGGACCAAUGUGCAGCAUGCAUGAUGAUGUUCCGAAAGCAUGUGUGUACUCAGCCAUCAAAUGAACGUAGUUGGGGGAAUUUAUGAUUCACAUUCUUAGUGAACAAAGCAUCAGUUCAGUUUUGUUCGGUGUUACGUGUAAUUACAAGUCGAAGGGGAUCAAAUUUCGAUUUUGGAAUCUAAAGACUUAUACACUGCUCCCUGGUCUUUUCUGCAGCCAAAGCAUCUACGGAUCUUUUGCAUCUAUCAUCUAUCAGACGUUGUGAUUGUAAUUGAUUGAAAUUAUUCGAAAAUCAUAUAUACGUAUCGAUCGGGUAUUUUAAGCACUACAUGAACCGUCUUCUUAAAACUGAUGCUUCCGCCACAAACGACGCUCCACCACUCGCGAUCAAAUACAAAGGUCUAACCCCUAUUAUGCCGGAAUAUAAUGCUUACAAACGUAAUAUAGACAUAAUAUCGAAACUCAAGAAAACCUAUCAACAGUCAGUCGCAGAACCAUUCGGGUAUGGGAUGAAUAAACAAAAACUCUUCGCCGCGCGUGUUAACAUAAUUUUCGAAAUUAUUUACAAUGGAGAAAAAGGGAAAACAGUCAGCCUCGUAGCAAAAUGCAAUAACAUGGUUAAACUCAAUAUAGCACACCAAAGCAAAACUAAACAUAACGUAACAUAAUAAUAAUAACGUAAUAAAAGCGCAGGAAGU